AGCAACGAGUCAAAGAGGUGUCCGAAUCGAACAGGAGCAAGCAAAGUCAAAGAAAAAGAGAGAGGAGAGAGAGAAACAACAAUCAUCAUCGGCCAGAAGCGAACACGACAGACACAUCUGAGAAACCAAACCUGAUAGAGAUGUCGAGUGGAGGAAACCUUAGUUGCGUGUUGGUAGCUGUGGAUGGCAGCGAGGAAAGCAUGAACGCGCUGCGUUGGGCACUGAACAACCUCAAGCUCCGAUCCCCUGCACCCGAUUCCACCGAUGCUCCUUCCUUCACCGUCUUCCACGUCCAAUCCCCGCCCUCCAUCGCCACUGGCCUCAAUCCCGGUGCCAUCCCCUUCGGUGGCCCCAGUGAUCUCGAAGUUCCUGCUUUCACUGCAGCCAUUGAAGCGCACCAAAAGCGCAUCACUAACGCCGUACUCGAUCACGCCCUCGGAAUUUGCUCCGAAUUCAACCUCACCAGUAAGGUCAGAACCCAUGUUCUUGUAGGAGAUCCAAAGGAGAAGAUUUGUGAAGCAGUUCAGGAUUUGAAUGCUGAUGUGCUUGUGAUGGGGUCUCGUGCAUUUGGCCCCAUUAAGAGGAUGUUCCUGGGAAGUGUAAGCAACUACUGCGCCCACCAUUCUCCAUGCCCUGUCAUUAUUAUCAAGGAAAAGGACAUUGUCAAUAAGAGAAACUGAUGCACUUCUACUAUGCUACCAUGAUUCUUGUCUCUUGAUCAGUAGGUUCUUUAGGUGGGUUGUCAGUGCCAUAUUUCAGUUGCUGACGCUGCAUCCUUGCUUGCCAAAUUAAUUAUGUCGAAGGCUUUUUCGUCUUGCAAUUUGCUUGCUUUGUUAGACCAGUGUUGUACCUCAGCUUUGAAGCUUGUGUCUUUUGUUGAGCCAAUGCUGGCCAGACCCUGCUUCAAGUACGUGUUUUCACUUUCUGUGGACAAUUCUGCUGUGUGUGUGAAAUUCUUGGAGUUAAAGAGUGCUUUAUAACUGUGCUGUCACAACGUCAAUUGUUGUCCCAAAUGGUUCAAAGAGAUAUUUGCCUCCAGGUUUGUAUUCGUUCUGAAUUUAUACAAUGUUGUACAGAAAUGUUGCAUUACUAUUGCUCCUUGGUCAGAGCCAGUUCUAGUUGUGAUUGUGAUAUGCAACAAACUGGCCAUUUGACAUUUGUCAUGUACAAAUUUUCAAAUUGAGAAUCCAGCUAGUGUUGGCUGCAGUGUGUCUUACUGUUGCAUUAUUGACAGUGUCCUGCUUAAAUAAAUAUUUAUAUGAUUUAUGACAAAGAAAUUUAGAGUGCCA